CCUCUCUCCCUCUCUCUCUCUCUCUCUCUGACACGUAAAUGGUGGUGACUGUGCGAACGUCCAUUUGUCGGCAGUUGACGCAAUUUCAGAAUCUUCGGCGUCGGUCAUCUUUUUUUUUUCUCUCCCACCACCCCCCCCCGCGAACACAAAACGCCAGUAUGCUGUGGACAGCAAGCCAGGUCUUCAGGAAAUUCUCCUCCUCUCGUUGUCACUUCCAGAGUAAGCUCAAACUCGCUAUAAUUGGCCAGAGCCUGUUUGGCAAGGAGGUGUACAGCAACCUGAGGAAACACGGUCACAAGGUGGUAGGUGUCUUCACUGUCCCAGACAAAGAUGGCAAGGCUGACCCUCUUGCCUUAGCAGCAGAGAAGGAUGGUACACCAGUGUUCAAGUUCCCACGGUGGCGAGUUAAAGGAAAGCCCAUCCCAGAGGUCGUCGAGGCCUACAUGGCAGUGGAUGCUGAGAUCAAUGUUAUGCCUUUCUGCUCUCAGUUCAUCCCCAUGAAUAUCAUUGAUUAUCCCAAGCAUGGCUCCAUCAUUUACCACCCCUCCAUCCUUCCCCUGCACAGAGGAGCCUCAGCCAUCAACUGGUCCUUGAUCCAUGGUGAUAAGAAAGCUGGCUUCACAGUAUUUUGGGCUGAUGAUGGUCUGGAUACCGGACCAAUCCUGCUGCAGCGGGAGUGUGUUGUUGAACCCAAUGACACUGUGGAUACACUCUACAACCGUUUCCUCUUUCCAGAAGGCAUCAAGGCAAUGGUUGAGUCAGUGCAGCUUGUUGCUGAUGGAAAAGCCCCACGAAUUCCACAGCCAGAGGAGGGCGCGAGUUAUGAAGGCAUUCAGAAGAAAUCCAAUGCAAAGAUCGAUCUGGCUCAGCCAGCUGAGGCGAUCCACAACUGGAUACGUGGCCAUGACAAAAUCCCUGGUGCCUGGACUGUGAUUGAAGGCAAGUUGGUUACCCUAUAUGGUUCAUCAAUGUUGCAAGGGUCAGUGCCACCUGGCCAACCAUUGGACAUUGAAGGAGCAUCCAGACAGAGCCUGGUGACAAAAAAUGGGCUUGUGCUACAUGGAACUGAUGGAAAAGCUGUUCUGGUGAAGAAUCUGCAAUUUGAUGAUGGAAAAAUGAUACCAGCUUCAAAGUACUUUUCCAGUGGUGAAACUCACAGUGUGGAAUUAACUGACAAUGAGAAAGAAAUAGUGAAGGAGAUGAGGUAUAUCUGGAAGGGCAUUCUCAGCAACAUCCCAGCAAUUGAGGACACCACAGACUUUUUCAAGUCCGGAGCUGCUUCCAUGGAUGUGGUCAGGUUGGUGGAGGAGGUAAAGCAGCGGGCUGGUGUGCUCCUGCAGAAUGAGGACAUUUACAUGGCAACCACCUUCCAGGACUUCAUCCAGAUGUUUGUUCGUAAAAUGAGAGGAGAAGAACAGGAGGAGGACCUGGUCAUUGACCACGUAAUCAAGGAGACGAACAACAUGACAGUGAAAAUGCCAUACCAGUGUUUUAUAAAUGGCACAUUUGUGGAUGCUGAAAAUGGCAAAACCUAUGAUACCAUUAAUCCCACUGAUGGAUCGGUAAUCUGUAAGGUGUCUUAUGCUUCAGUGGGGGAUGUGGACUAUGCAGUGAAAGCUGCUAAACAAGCUUUUCAUAACGGGCCCUGGGGCAAGAUGAACCCGAGAGACAGAGGAAAUCUUCUUUAUAAACUUGCAGACCUGAUGGAGCAACACCAGGAGGAGCUGGCCACUAUUGAGGCAAUUGACUCAGGAGCUGUUUACACGCUGGCCCUGAAGACUCACGUGGGCAUGUCUAUCCAGACAUUUCGCUACUUUGCUGGCUGGUGUGACAAGAUACAGGGCAAGACAGUCCCCAUUAACCAGGCCAGGCCCAACCGCAACCUCACCUUUACGAAAAAAGAACCAAUCGGUGUUUGUGCUAUCGUCAUCCCUUGGAACUAUCCCCUCAUGAUGUUGGCAUGGAAAAGCGCUGCCUGCCUUGCAGCCGGAAACACGCUUGUUCUUAAACCGGCACAGGUAACGCCAUUGACGGCAUUAAAAUUUGCCGAGUUGUCUGUAAAAGCUGGCAUUCCAAAAGGAGUCAUCAACAUAUUGCCAGGUUCAGGAGGAACGGUUGGACAGCGCUUGGCUGAUCACCCAGAUAUCCGUAAGCUAGGUUUCACAGGUUCAACACCUAUUGGCAAACAAAUCAUGAAAAGCUGUGCACUCAGUAAUCUAAAGAAGGUUUCUCUGGAGCUGGGAGGGAAGUCUCCUCUUAUCAUCUUUAGUGACUGCGACAUGGACAAGGCUGUUCGCAUGGGUAUGAGCUCUGUGUAUUUCAACAAAGGGGAAAACUGCAUUGCUGCUGGGCGUCUUUUUGUGGAGGAGUCAAUUCAUGAUGAAUUCAUCGGCCGUGUGGUAAAAGAGUUAAAGAAGAUGAAGAUUGGAGACCCGCUGGAUCGAUCCACAGACCAUGGUCCACAGAACCAUAAAACACAUUUGGACAAGCUGCUGGAGUACUGUGAUGUUGGAAUAAAGGAAGGGGCCACAUUGGUGUACGGCGGCAAACAAGUGGACCGGCCAGGUUUUUUCAUGGAGCCCACUGUGUUCACUGAUGUGGAGGACCACAUGUUCCUUGCCAAAGAGGAGUCCUUUGGGCCUGUCAUGGUUGUGUCCAAAUUUAAAGAUGGGGAUGUGGAAGGAGUGCUGCAGCGAGCCAAUGACACUGAGUAUGGCUUGGCUUCAGGUGUGUUUACCCGUGACAUAAACAAAGCCAUGUAUGUGAGUGAACACUUGGAGGCUGGAACAGUAUUCAUUAACACCUACAACAAGACUGAUGUGGCGUCACCUUUUGGAGGAUUCAAGCAGUCUGGCUUUGGCAAAGACCUGGGAGAAGAUGCGCUCAUGGAAUACCUCAAGACCAAAGCAGUGACUGUGGAAUAUUGAGACACUUUUCAACAAAAUGUCAACCAUAACUUGAUAGGAAGGAACUUAAAGCGCCAAUGAGACAGCGACCGCAAUUCAGAAUCAUUUUUUUUAUGAGGCUACAUGUUUUUUUUUAGACUCACGACCCUGAUGUGAUUUUUUUUUUUCAUCUCCAAUUUGGAUUAUUUGUCUUGAAUUUAUUAGGUUUGAACAACAAAAAUAUAAACUCAGAUUUGGAUAUAUGCCUACAUACAAACAGUAUAACACAGACUUGACAAUGCACGCUGGCUAACAUUGAUAUGGAAGAAGCAAACCAACGGCACUCUUUGCAUCGAGUUGCUACUUUGUGGAUGUCGCCAAACCUCUUACUCCAUUCUUGACAGCUUUGAAUACUGCACAAAACAGCAUUUUUUAUUUUAUUUUUUUGAUCAGUCACGCUUCCGCAAAACUCCACGCGCGCGCACUGAUGGAAGGUAACAACUCCGUAACAAAAGCACACAUGUGCAAUAGACGGGAAUGUAGAGGAGUUGAACUGGGUGGCGCAUCCAGAUGAGGAAAGACGGUGCUCGGCGCCAUGCAGAAGCAGUACACAUGUGCAUGAGGGUUAGCAAACUGACAGGUGAACUUGAGGUGUACGCUGCCACGUUAGCGUUCCAAUAAACAGUUAUG